AUGGUCUCUUUAGAAGUGUCAAUUUGGACUACUCUUAAUCACUGGCGAAAAGCUCAAGAUAAAUUAUGUUUGUUAUCAUCUUCUAUGUUGGGUGAUGGUAACAACCUUGAGCAUUGGACAAAACAUGCUCCUAAUACGAUAUUCAAGAUCAAUGUUGAUGGAGCUACCUUCGAGAAAGAUAAUGCAUAUGGGUUUGGUAUUGUAGCUUGUGACUCGAAAAGUAGGAUUAUUGAUUUUAUGGUUAAGUAUUCUCAUCGGUCCUCCUCUGCCGAGGUAGUUGAGGCUUUAAGGGUUAAGGAGGCACUUAGUUGGCUUAAAGGCAAAAGUUGGAAUAUGGUAGAGGUGGAAACUAAUAGCUUACUCACUGUUCAGGCAAUUUUUAGCCAUCAACAAAUGACUUCUGUUUUCGGUUUGAUUACUAAUGAUUGUAAAACUCUUCUAUCCUCUCUAUCUAAUGUAGUCUUCGUUUUAUUAGACGAUCAGCAAAUAAAGUUGUUCACUUCGUGA